GGUUUGAAAAUUGAAAAAAAUAUGAAUAGUGUAUUUUCAAUAGAAAUUUGAUAGGAAAAAAUGGGAUUUUCUGGAUAAAAUUGUGAAACAAACAUGAUCUCGGUUUUAUGAAUAGUAUAGAACUGGAAAUUGGUUUUGGAAAUAAAACCAAACAUCCCCUAAGCCUUCUAUUUCCCUCGCAACUUGCAACUUUUAACUCUCGAGUACAAAACGAGAAUAGGAAAGAUAAAACAAAAUGGGAAAACCAGCAUAGCACAACGUACAAUCAUCUCAAGCACAAACCAGACACGAUCUCAUUUCUAGGGUUUUACAGGGUACAGAGGUUUUCACUUUCCCCUGCACUCCCCAAAUCUCAUAAACAUGGCUGAAAAUUCAUCUACCCGGCCAUCAGAAGAACUCCCCGACCCCAAACGGCAGAAGAUGUCCUCCUCCGGCGACGACGAAGAAAAUCGCGACGGCGCCGAAACAAUCCCUAGAAAGCCGAAAUACAAGCGCCGCAAAAUCGCGAUUUUCUUCGCCUACUGCGGCGUCGGCUACCAAGGAAUGCAGAAGAAUCCAGGGGCGAAAACCAUCGAAGGUGACCUCGAGGAAGCCCUCUAUUUAUCCGGAGCGAUCCCCGAGGAGGAGAGGGGCCUGCACAAGCGGUACGAGUGGGCAAGGUCCGCCCGCACCGAUAAGGGCGUGAGCGCCGUCGGCCAGGUGGUGUCGGGUCGGUUCUACGUCGACCCGCCCGGUUUUAUUGAGCGGUUGCACUCACAUUUGUCGCCCCAGAUUCGGAUCUUCGGGUACAAGAGGGUGACGCCCUCGUUUAACGCGAAGAAGUUCUGUGAUCGGAGAAGGUAUGUUUAUUUGAUCCCUGUUUUUGCGCUGGAUCCAUCUUGCCAUCGUGAUAGGGAGAGUGUUUUGGCUAGUUUAGGGUCCGGGAAUGAGCUUGCCAAGUGUUUGGAGUGUUCGGAAAGAGGAAGAAAGGUCUUUGGAGUUAUGGGUAAGCAGCGUAAUUUUGAGUCGAAAGCUCCGGGUGAAGGUGAGAAUGAAAAUGUUGAGGUUGGUUCAGGCAUUUCGUCGAACAAUGGAACUGGUAGUUUUGAGUCCAAAGAUGUGGGUGAAAAUGUUGAAGUUGGUUCAGGCAUUUUAUCGAACAAUGGAAGUCCGCCAACCGAUGAGAAGGUUGUCGCAAAUUCAUUGGAGAAUAAUGAAAUUGGAAGCAAUGGUUCUGAAAAUGUCUCGAUUGGAGCUGCCCAAGAUGAUAAAAUGGAGGUCGACAAAGCUGUUUUAGUGGAUUCAGCCAUUUUAUCCGAUAAUGUAUCUGUUCUAGACGAGAGUAAAACUGUGGUAGACUCCUCGGAAAAAGGAAUCGAGAAUACUGACCUAGAGAAUGGAAGUAGUGAAACUGAGAAGCUAUUAGAAACGGGAGAUGAAAGUAUUGAGAAAAGGAAUGUUGAUAAAUUGGAAAGUGAAAAUGCCAACGGCCAUACCGAAGCGGAGAAAAAGAGCGAGUUUUGUUAUGGAGAGGAGGAAAAAGCAAGAUUCAAUAGAAUACUCAAAUUCUACGAAGGCACACAUAAUUUCCACAAUUUCACCACCAGAACCAAAGCUGAAGACCCUGCUGCUAGACGAUACAUACUUUCGUUUAACGCAAACACAGUAGUUAACGUUGAUGGGAUCGACUUUGUCAAGUGCGAGGUAGUGGGGCAAAGCUUCAUGCUCCAUCAAAUACGUAAAAUGAUCGGCCUUGCUGUUGCAAUGAUGAGGAAUAUCACCCCCGAGUCAAAGAUGGAGACAGCUUUCCUUCAGAGCGUGAGAUUUAACGUGCCUAUGGCGCCUGAGGUGGGAUUGUAUUUAGACGAGUGCUUCUUCUCUUCGUACAAUAAUAAAUGGAAAGACAGCCACGAAGAAGUGUCCAUGAAAGCUUAUGCAGAGGAAUCUGAGGAGUUUAAGAUGAAGUACAUUUACCCUCACGUUGCUUCAUCAGAGCACAAGGAUGGAGCUGUGGCUCUCUGGUUGCAUUCACUGAACUAUCGGAACUUUCCGGAUUUACGUGCUGCUGAUAGUGAGCCGGUUUCUGAUGGGAAUGGAACUGAGAUUGUGAACAACUGUGCAGGCUCUGAUUUGAAGGCUACUGAAACUGUGAGCAUUGAUCAGUGAGUUAACUCUUGUGGCACCGUUCUUUUUGCAUCGACUUUUGAGAUGCUUGCAAUUUGGUUUUUUUAAGUAAUGCAUGACCCUUCUCAAAGAAGACCUUUUAAAAUAUUUGUUUGGAUUCAAAUUAUGUUGUUACAAUGUUGAAUCGUAAGAUUUGAUUCUUAUUUACGUAAUCUGGAAAUUUGAGUUGAACUAUGCAGUGUGGAGCUGGAAUAACAAUUGUUAGAACAUCA